CUAGACUUGUGGCUCACUACUUGCGUAGCGUACAAGUCUGUGGGGCCGCGUGCAGCCGCUCCGUCCUGAUCGCUGGUGCUGUUGGUGCCUUUACGUGCAGGUGCUCCUCAGGACUAUAAGUUGCUCUUCACCGCAGAACUGCGCGUCCCCACGGCACUGUGAACUUGACACAUUUGUUUGACGACACUGUUUGUAUCAAGCACUGAAAUGCAGUGAAUGACUGAGAUAAAAAAAAAAAAACGUUUCUACUUGAGAGUUUUCUGAAAAGUUUUUGUGGUGUGCACGGAAGACUUACAAAAUGCCGAAGAUUUUCUUAAUUAAAGACCGGCUGCAACAGCAGCAGGCUAAGCUCCUGGAGGCGCAGAAGGCAGGAGUAACCCUGGACGAUGAUCGUGGUCGUCAUGCGGACCUCAACACUUCUCCCUUCACAAGCACGCCCUCAACACUGGACCUGCGGAGUAGCAGUUCCUCCCCGAGGGAGACGCUAAUGGACACGUCUCCCUCCACCAUCGACCUCAGGAAAGAUAAGUCAGCAGUCCCGGAGAAGAGCGAGCGCCUCGAUCUCGCUCGUCUCGACUUGUCGAGAGACAGUCUCAAUCUGUCAAGAGAAAGCCACCCCGAACUGUCAAGGGACAGUCGCCUCAGCCUGUCGAGGGAAAGCCGCCUCAACCUGACAAGAGACAGCCGCCUCGAUCUGUCAGUAGACAGCCGGCUAAAUCUGUCAAGAGACAACCACCUCAACCGCUCCCUAAGCAGCCGCCUCAGCCUGCCCAGGGACAGCCGCCUCGACCUGUCACGGGACAGUCGGCUGGAGGUGACCCGGGAGGACCCGCUUGACCCGGAGAGUUUGGAUUUACGUCUCUGCGAGCGAAGCUUGGAUCGCGCCAGCAGUCCUAGCCGCCGCCCCCCGCGCUACUCGCCGCCGCGCCUGCUGGACGACCACUCCCCGGACCAGCCACUCUCCCUCACCAUCAGAGACAGAGAUGAUGACAGCAGCUACAGGCGGGAUGACGCCCGCGCCCGCAGCCCUUGUUCCCUGGACGCUCCAGUGGACCGCCCACGACGUGCCCUACCGCCCAUCAGCCGCAUGCUGCCAAGAGCUGCGUUGCUCCUCCGCUCCCGCUCGCCGGCACCCCCAGCCGACGCUCUUCUGCCUCCUCAAGAUGUGCCGCUUGACUGCCACGUGCCCCGCCGCGCCGCCUCGCCGCGACUUCCACCCUUCUCUGACGUGAGGCGCCACCAGCGGGCUCCCUCCCCCAUGGACUAUGACCACCGUCCGUUCCGGUACCAUGAGAGCCCCGUCCUACCCUACGACCUGACCACCCGACGCGCCCGCUCCCCCCGCAGCGUGUCCCCUCAGUCCCUCCCGCCGGUGAUGGCUUCCAUGCACCUCACACAGGCCACCAGCGCCGAGGACGGGGGCGGCCAAGGUAACGGCAGCGGUGCUCCUCCGAGUCAGCAUGGCAGUGGCUCUAGCGGCGGCUACGUGGACGCUUCCCAGACUUCCCUCUCCUUCUUCGGUUCGCUGGGCAUUGGUGGAGACAAAGGCGGUCUGGGUGGUGCUGACGGAGGGGGAGGAGGAGGACAAGCCCCUAGUGGAGGUCUCCCGAGCGUGGAGAGCACUUCCCUGCCCCCACCGAUCCCCUUGCCCGUCGAGCCCCACGUGUACUCCCUCCCCGAGCACUGCCGCAGCAUCCCCACCUCUGCCAGUGACACUUCUCAGGCAUUCCCAGCUCCGGCACACUUCAGGGAAAGACACAUUCACUUACAACACCAACAUCAUCUACACUCACAUCACCAGCAGCAACAACAACAACAACAGCAGCAUCAACAACAGCAGCAACAGCAACAGCAGCAGCAGCAGCAGCAUCAACAGACACUUCUACAGCCACAACAGAUCCAGUCACAAGCACCUCAGUCGCAGUACACAGUGGCUCCUCCGUCACCUUCGCCUCUCCCAGUCUCUCCUCCCUUGAGCUGCGCCCCAUCGCCCCUCACCUGCAGUACCACCAUCCUUAGAUCUCCACCCGAGGCGCAGACCUUCGAGCCUCCAUCACAGACACAGGUUCCUCUGGUGUCUUCAACGGAUCUCCAGAGCGGAUGGUCGGAUCGCUCUCCCAUGUCCCCACAGUACAUGCAGACGUCUUACCCAAGCCGCCCCUCCCCAGGCAGCACCUCCCUUCUGGACGCCUCCUCCCCGCCUCUUCACGACCUCCAGCGAGAAGUGCCACUACAAGUGAGGGUGUCCAUCUUGCAGCAGAGGCUUGGCCUCCCAGAAGACACACCGCUUGAGUUCGUCAACGGAGGCCACGGCAUCAAGAACCCCCUGGCUCCCCCCACUGACGCGACACGCCCCGAGGCCUCAGAGAAGAUGCAGCAGCCACAGCCAGUUGUGAUGGAUGACGACACCAGCAGCAAGUUCGUGUGUCGCGUGUGUUCCAAGACGUUCAGCCUGCAGCGACUCCUCAACCGCCAUAUGAAGUGCCACUCGGACGUCAAGCGUUACCUGUGCACUUUCUGCGGCAAAGGCUUCAAUGACACCUUUGACCUUAAGCGCCACACCCGCACCCACACAGGUGUGCGUCCAUACAAAUGUAAUCUGUGCGAGAAGUCCUUCACGCAGCGCUGCUCCCUCGAGUCGCAUUGCCUCAAAGUGCAUGGCGUCCAGCACAGCUACGCCUACAAGGAGCGUCGCUCGAAAGUGUACGUGUGCGAGGAGUGCGGCCACACCACGGGAGAGCCGGAGUGCCACUACAUGCACCUCAAGGACAACCACCCCUACAGCCCUGCUCUCCUCAAAUUCUAUGACAAAAGGCAUUUCAAGUUCAAUAACUCCAACUUCACAAACGUCCUCCUCAUGAGUCAAACGUAGAGGAACAGCUGUCCUAACUUGCUACCAGUUUCCUCACCCAUAACAGCAAUGGCUUUUGUUGGUUAGGCCUCUGCUUCUGCCUUUACAAGCGUCACGCUGGUGGCCGCUGCUCCCUCCGCUAGUGACUUGAUGCUGGGCAGACUGUAUGCCCCUGGCCAGGAAGCAAACGGCCCCUGAGAGGCCGCACUCACGCAAGGAGGCCACAUGCACUUUGGUCAGUCCUGCCACAUACAUAUAACUAAACACGCGUUCCUCGCCGGCUCGGGACAUAAACAUAUCUUCGUGCUUUUUCAACAGAAACAUGCAAGGCAUUAUAAGUUUAAUAAGUUAUAUGUAAAACUAUAGGAAAAGUUUAGCUUAGGAGUCUAUUAUGUUAAGUGUUAGCAUUGUGCUUUAUCAGUGGCGAGAUGAGACUGUGGACAGCAGCUUGGUGCAGCAGGAGAGGAGUGAGGCAACAGCUGUUUCAGUGAGCCGUUUGCAGUGCACAGUUGAUUAAUGAAUGUUGCAAUAUAGAUGUUAAGAUGUUGCUAAACCAAUGAUUUUUACGUUUAGUACGUAGACUACAGCGUGAAUGUUUAGCUGUUGAGUUCUAGGUGUUGAUGCUGUUCUUUGUUUACAAGAAAACUUGUUAGCAUUCACAUACAAAAAAAAAUCAUUCAGUUUGGUGUAGAGGUUUAUGAUGAUCUCCAGUGUAACAUGAGGGCAUUAAAUACGAUUGGUGCUCCAAGCCGUAAGUGAUACGUCUUUUUUUAUGUUUACAUAAUAUACCAACCAAUGAUAUUUACCUCAGAGCCGAGACCUGCCGCCCACCCGUGGCAUUUGGAACCCGCAGUGCGUUGUCGCUCUGCUCCGUUGUUGGUUCCAGAAAUAGACCUGGCGCUGGCAAGCGAGACUAGGUCUGGAUCACUUUUUUAAAGGUUGUGCAGCAUGGAGGCACCAGUGGGCACCCACGUGCCCUCCAUGCGUGGUCGGCGGGCUCACGGCGCUCUUGUGGUAUCUGCCGGUGAAGUACAAGGGUCUGGAGGGUGUACAUAGCUGUAUAUAGGACGUUACUUUAAUUUUAUAUUUUUAUAAUCCUGCCGGGACUUUCACACUCGUAAAUGACAAACACAUGGACGGGGCCACGCACCCUCAGGCCCCCACUGUGCGCUACACUCACUGCAUCAUUCAUUUCUGAAAUUUUCUUAUGAUUCUGGACACAGGAUGACAUUCAAGACUUCACUCUGCCUGGAUUUGUUCCGUAGUGUGCAGCUGCUGGAUAACCCAAGGGACGACAGCUGCCCACGUUUUGCAAGCAUAUCUUUGUCAGACCGUAAUUCUUCAGCUUUUGAGGGAGUGAAAUACAUCAAUGGGAACUAUAGUUCGUAGGAUCGUGAUCUUGUGAUGAUAUAAGUUAGUGCAACUCAGCACGCUGACUGACGCCCACCCGCGGCACACGCCUGCACGGCGCCCGCCCGCUCAUCCUCACUUUCACGGUGCCAUAUGAAUCUGAUAUUACGGCGCCGACUUCUAAUAAGACAAUCGGUCAAUCUUUAAUCAACGAUGCCUAAUGCUAAAUCUUGGACGCAAUUCUCCAACAUUCAUGGCUUUAAGUGCAGCACUGCAAACAUUCGUCUGUGCUGGAGUGCGGGCGGCGCUGUUCGGUCCCGGAGGUGGCGCGGGAGUCACACUGCUUCACUACUACACGGGAGUCCUGGCGCGGCGCGGCAUUGAGCGGCCGAGGCAGACAGCACUGUAGCCUUGGGGUCCUUCUUGCAUGGCACUAGCGGCUGUCAGUCAUUUCUCAAGGUGAGCUUCUCGUGUCAUUUUCGCCUCUACGGGUUGCAGUUAUGUUGUUAGAAUCUUUAACCCUAUUUAUGGCCACGGUCGUGAUCCACACCCUCGGGUCUCUUGUUGAUUUCAGUCAUAUAAUAUAUAUUUUUUAGAUUUUUUGUCUUUUGUGUCUGUUUACGUAUAUUCUCUAUUUUCUCUGUAUAUAAUUUAUAUUAAGAUAAUAAAAUAUUUGGAAUCUAA